CAGCGCGCCGUCCAGAUUUGGGUUGUGGUCACCGAAGUCCCUCGGUCUCACCGCUGCAGACUAUACGGCAACGGACGAACGGGCAAGCGCUUAGGAACCCCUGGCCGGUCAUCGGAAAUGGGCAUGCCGCCUUCUUCAACCGUCUUGGAAUUCGGCUCUCAACAUCCGUGCAGCUCGGAUGAUUGAGAGCGACUACAAUGCAGCGCCCGCCUCAACCCGUCUUCGCCGGCUCCCCAAACACGAUCCAGUCGGGCCCAACCACGCACCCUUCGUCGGACCGGCGGGUGCUUCCAGACCGAAACGUCAAUGGCUCUUCGAUAGAGGAUGCUUAUGUAGCAUUCAUCCUCUAUUGCAACCCGGCAGUACCGCUAGAUGUUGAGACGGCGGCCCUGCGGGAGGCCUUCCGCGCGCCCCCCAAGAGCGGAGGCAAGAGCUUCAGCACGUUCGCCUUGUUCGAGCUGAUCAAGAAGCUCGAGACCAAAGAGCUCAAGACAUGGGCCGAGCUGGCGUUGAAGCUCGGCGUCGAGCCGCCAGACCAGGAGAAGGGCCAGAGUUCGCAAAAGAUCCAGCAGUACGCCGUCCGACUCAAGCGAUGGAUGCAUUCGAUGCAUAUCGAUGCCUUCUUUGAGUAUCUUAUUGGCCGUCCGACUUCUUACUGGACCGAGAUCCCCUCGGCGCACAUCCCCGUCGCCGAGCUGGAGCGCGACGGCGUCGCGGCAGAGGAUGACAUGGCUCUGCGGGCCCUUCUACCUCAGAUCAAGCCUCGAAGGGGCAGGCGGAAGGCAGAAGACGACGAGACCGGCAAGUCCCCUCCCCCGCGGCCAUCCCCGCAGGCGGAUGGAUUCGGGGGAGGGGCACGGCAAGACGCAGCGGAGCCAUGGACGGCGCAGCCGGACGGCAGAGGCAGCGUCUUUCUGUUCCCCCCCGUGCCCGACCCCUCGAGACUCAAUCCCUCCGGCCCCUCGUGGAGCAACAACGACAUCGUCCAGACGCCACUCACAGCAUAUCCUGUUCCUCAAUCUGCCAUCACACCCUCAACGAGAAAUCAGUUCUGGGCAGAUGAGCCGAAAUCGGCCGUCACUCCUUCCAAGCCGCGGUCCGCAAGCAGACGGCAUGGCGCCAAGGUUGUCUCGUCCGCCUGGCGAAGCGGUGGAAUUGGGGGAGGCGGCAAGGCGCGAGGCAGACCGCCCGUCAAUCGAGGUGCCAACAGCGAAGGGCCUUUCUCUGCGUUCCCGAGCUCAGAGGCACCCGUCUUCAGGUUUCCCUCUCCCAUUCCCGAAAAGGAGACCACGCCCAACAACUCCGCCGCGGCGCACACAAGCAAUCCCAACCCCACCAUCUCCACUCCGGCACGUCAAGGUCCUGUUACUCACCCGGGUCCCUCGUCCCAGUCCCAGCCGGCACACAACUCAAGCCAGCAAUCACCGGUUCAGGAGACAGCACCCCCUCGGCCAGCCAAAAGAAGCAGACUGUCGCUCCAAGUCCCAGAAAGGGUAGGGGGCGAAGUGCGCCUAGCGACCCCACCGUUGCCAGAGCCGGCCGCACCGCCAGUAGUUAUGGUGAACGGACAGACGACCGACGCUCAGUCUGCGCCGACGAGCAAGACGCCAAGCGACAAUGGGGUGAACACCAUAUCCACCCAAAAUCCGGGCAGCCUCGUGGGGGCAUCGCUGCCGCGCGGGGCGGCCAUCGGGGGAACCCAGCAAGUCUUCUCCCAAGACCCGACGGACCGCACGAACAUGGAUGGGAUCGAAGCCUUGUUCGUGUCCAGCAUCCUGGGCGCCGAGUGGUACGACGCGAAACAGAACAGGAUACCAGCCUGCGGCGUCGAGGAGGCAUGGGCCUUCUCGCAGCGGGUCAUCGAGAACCUGCUGCGGUCGGCGUCCACGAAGGGCGAAUUCCUCAUCAACCUCGCCGCGCUCGCCGGCGGCCAGCUCCUGAUGCACAAGGGCAGCCUGCGCAUCACCCGCCUCGAGGAGCUCGCCGACCGGACGCGCUACUCGUGCACCUGGCAGCUCCGCUUCGGGGACAUCGUCGGGGACUGGGCCAUGGAGGAGACGGUCGCCCACGAGAAGUGGAAGAAACCGCCGGAGAAAGAUCAGGAUCAGAGGGACAGCACGGGCACGGCUGCAAGUGCGGCUUCAGCUGCGGCCGCUCCGAAUGGAGCCAGCGGGUCCCAGGAGGCGUCGGAUCGUGCGGAGCACUGGGAGCGCAAGUACGCAGAGUUGGCGGCCAAGCUGCAGGAACGCGAGCAGGAGAUGAUGCAGCUCAAGGCGAAAGUCAUCGAGGCCAUCAGAAGGUCUUGAGGCAGAGCAGUCUCGGGACUGUGUGUAGUGUGAGAGCGCGCUCGUUGUCUGUAAAGUGUUGCAAACAAUAAUGCAAGGGGAAGAUGCCCGUCUGGAGCAUCUUCAGCACAUACAUCACCUUCCCGGAUUUACACUUUAGGCACGGGACGCAGAUAUUCCUGGCUGCCCUCAGCCGCGGAGUGCACACACAAGCAGAUCCCUAACCCCGACUGAAUCUCGACCCCUGUCCAACUCUCUUAUCGAUAGGUCGUCGUUUAACGUUAACGAGUGCAGUUAGCGUCGUCGUCGUCAGCACCCUGGAGCUCAACCGCAGGCAAGAACAGAGAGAGAAUCUGAUG